AUGGCGACCGUCGGGUUCGGGCCGUACAGCGUCGCCACAGCGGGCGAGAAGAAUGAGCCGACGAGGCCGCUCGCCUGCCCGUCCCCGUCCGUCCACCCGGCGACCGAUGUGGACAUCGAGGUCCAGCAUGCCGCCGCGACCACCGCCAAGCGCCCGCGCUCCACGGGGUGCCUCCGCGGCCGCCGGUCCGUGCUCUGCUGCGGCGGCUGCUGCAUGGCCUCCGUGGUCAUCGCCGGGAUCGUCGCCCUCGUGCUCGCCCUCACCGUGUUCAAGGUCAAGGACCCCGUCUUCACCAUGAACCGCGUCACCCUGGAGGACGUCGACGGCGACUUCCUCGGCGCGGACGAGCGGCACCCGGUGUCCGUCAACGCCACGCUCAACGCCGACAUCUCCAUCAAGAACCCGAACGUGGCCUCGUUUAGCUACGACCGGAGCGAGACGAACUUCUACUACAAGGGGGAGACGGUCGGCGUGGCGUACGCCCCCGACGGCGAGGUCGGCGCCGACCGGACCGUGCGGAUGAACGUCACGCUCGACGCGCUCGCCGACCGGAUCUCCCCCAACGUCAACGUCACCGACCUCAUCUUCGGCCAGAGCCAGGACUACGACCUCACCAGCUACACGGAGAUCAGCGGGAGAGUGAGCGUGCUGGGGAUCUACAAGAGGGACCUCGACAUCAAGGUGAACUGCUCCAUUACCUUGGAGGUCAGCGCCUUUAGCUCAGUGCGGAGUAAAACUACGGACUGCGUUGCAAACGUGAAGUAA